CAGAACCUCCUGGAAGAUCUUAUUCCUAGAGAGAAUCUACCUUCCCCACCCGCAGGAGUUCCGCUUGCUCUGAUCUCUCUCCCCUUCCUCCGUUCCCUGCGGGAACUGGGAGAGAGGCCGGCUCUUCCCCUGAGGAAGUGGGAUUCUUUCCGAGGUGCGGGCUUCGUUCUCCCAGCGUCCAGCUCGCUCGCCCCUCUCCGAACGGUAGAGAGGGAAGAGGGUCGGCUUCGAGAGAGCAUUGCGGGUGUUUACGACGUGGCCGGAACAAAGGCUUCGGGACCUCCGGUCGCUGACGUUGCCAUGUGAGAAAUGAGUAUCCGAAGCUGUAAAGAUAACCUUAUUAUUAGAACGUGGCCCAUAAGCUCUUAACAAAUACCAUAAUCAUUGUUAUUAUCAAAGGAUCCAACAAGAAUCACCUCCAUGAUUUGCCGGUUACCGUUCCAUGUUUAUCCUUCCGUCUUUGUCUCUGCCUUCCUCCGGCCUUCCGCCCUCUCCAGUUUCCAGGUGGUUUCCAGUGGAGAGGUUGGAGAGAUCGAGUCACCCGGCCCUCAGAAUGCUGCUGGUCCGCACCCCGCUGAUGCUGCAGGCCCUGGAGAGAUCUCUGGAGAAGGGCAUCCCCGAAUCCCUCAAGGUCUACGGCACCGUGUACCACGUGAAUCGGGGCAACCCCUUUAAGCUGGAAGCUCUGGUGGACAGGUGGCCGGAUUUCAACACCGUCAUCGUUCGCCCCCCGGAGCAGGAGAUGACCGACGACUUAGACCACUACACGAACACUUACCUAAUCUACUCCAAGGACCUGGAGACUUGUCGAGAAGCCCUGGCGUCGCCAGGGACCAUCAACUGGAAGCAGCAUCUACAGAUCCAAGGGUUACAGCCCGAACUGGAGAAGGUGAUCAGAGAAGUUGCAGCCUCUAAGUCAGUCCAAGUGCAGACCACAGACGCCAUCCUCUAUAUCAGCCCAGAGACCCUGCAGAGCCUGGCCCCUUCCUUGCUCCAAAGAGAUCAUGCCAACAAGUUACCGCUCAAAACCUCGAGACCCAAGAAGGAAAUCGACGAUGAGAAGUUUAAGCUCUCGGCCGUGGAGGUCGACAACGCGGGACUGGUGAACGGGCUGUGGGUUUUCGGUGGGAACGAGAGGAGCCUGAGAUUCAUCCGGCGCUGCAUCCGCCAUUUCCCCAGCUUCUGCCUGCGCGGGCCCGAGGGGACCCCGGUCUCUUGGAGUCUUAUGGAUCAGACGGGAGAGAUGCGGAUGGGGGGCACCCUGGCCGAGUACCGCAACAAGGGGUUCGUCGCGCACAUCAUCUAUCACCAGAUUCAAGCGCUCGUUCCCCGAGGCUUCCCGGUCUACUCUAAUGUGGCCCGAGCCAAUCCUUACAUGCACAGGCUGUGCCAGAGCCUUGGGAUCUCAUCCAUUCCCUGUGGCUGGCACCAGUGGAACUGCGUGCCACUUGCAAGCUCCCGCUGAGGAGCAGUUCCUGUGGGUGUGUUGAGGACGGGGAGGGGAAAGAGUGCGAGGAACGAGGCUCGGGGCUGGCGGCGGGGUCUGGAGGUGUGGACGGACUGACCAACUUAACACUGCCUUUCUUGUACUUGACCAUUCGGGAAAAGGCCGAAUAAAGCUUGAGCACUGGGAAUAUUCAAAGAUC